AUGAAGGUUGGCCCUAGCUUUUUUCUUGGAAAUAUUGGAGUCUUUGGACCAAGAGUUAUGGCUUCUAAGCCUUUCUUAUCUCCGGCUUUUAACAAUGCCUUCAAAAGGAUCACAGUUCAAUCAUCAUCUCUAGUAACUAAGAUACCCAAGAUUAACCUUAGAAAUUUCGCCACCUUCAACCAAUUGAGAAUGUCUGGAUCUAGCUGGUCAAGAGGAAGUAACUUUUCCAACUUAAAAACAGCAGCUUUGUUCUCUUUGGUGUUCUGUGUCGGUACUACAUUUGCCACUCCAUAUCUAAUGAAGUAUACCCCACUGGCGAUUUUCAAUAAGAACCCAAGUUUGCUUGUGUACAGUUUGAUUGGAAUCAAUGCUGCUGUUUUUGCUCUUUGGAAGGCGCCUCAAUACUGGAGGGUCCUCAGUCGUUAUGGUCUUUUGGAGAAAGAUGCUAGGUUCAAUAAAUGGUCAAUGAUUGGAUCUGCUUUUUCCCAUCAAGACUUCUGGCACAUUGGUAUGAACAUGCUAGCGUUGUACAGUUUUGGGACAACAGUAGCCAGCUAUGUUGGUGCUUCCAACUUUUUAAUUAUGUACCUCAAUGGUGCUGUUCUUUCAUCACUUGCCUCAUUAGCCUACCCGGUACUGGCGGGUGUUUCGUCUAUGGGCGCUAGUCUCGGUGCUUCAGGUGCUUUAUUUGCUAUCUUGGGCUCAUUUUCAUAUUUGUUUCCUUACGCAAAAAUUCUUUUAUUUGUGUUCCCUAUCCCGGGUGGUGCUUGGAUUGCAUUCUUGGCUUCUAUAGGAUGGAACGUUUGUGGAUGUGUGUUCAGAUGGGGAUCGUUUGAUUAUGCUGCCCAUCUUGGAGGUUCCCUUGUCGGUAUUUUCUAUGGUUGGUUGAUUGAUCAACGUAGAAAGGAGUUCAAGAAGAAUACCAGAACUGUAUGGUGA